AUGCUGGGUGUGACAAUCUCGGCAAUUCUACCGUCGCUCCGGCCGCCGGCAUGUUCUCCCGAUUCUUCCUCCUCCUGCCAGGAAGCUUCGACAUGGCAGCAAGCAGUAUUCUACUUUUCCCUCCUCCUGACGGCAAUCGGGUCGGGCGGAACACGGCCAUGCGUGGUGGCGUUCGGAGCGGAGCAGUUGGAAGAACAGGACGGAUCGGGUCGGAAAUCUCAGGCCAAAGGGUCGUCCAAGGAACAGCCGAGCUUCUUCAACAUCUACUUCUUCUGCAUCGGAGUGUCGGUGAUCCUCGCCAUGACGGUGGUGGUUUAUGUACAGGACAAUGUCGGGUGGGGGAUCGGGUUUGGAAUCCCCACCUUCGCCAUGUUCAUCUCCAUCAUCGUCUUCGUCGUCGGGUACCCACUUUACAUACGUCGGAAGCCCAACGGGAGUCCGAUGACCCGAGUGGCCCAAGUGGUGGCCGCCGCCUUGAGGAAGAGGAAGCUCGUUGUGCCCACUGAUGGCAGUGUUCUGUACCAGAACAGGGAGCUGGACGCCGAUAUUUCAACCGUCGGCAGACUAUCCCACACAAAGCAAUUCAAGUUUUUGGACCGGGCGGCGAUCGUCGUUGAGGGAGACAUGGACGAGAACACCAAUCGUCCCCUGCUAUGGCGUCUUUCGACCGUCCACAGAGUGGAGGAGCUGAAAUCCAUAAUGGGAAUCCUCCCAAUAUGGUCGGCCGGCAUCUUCAUCUCCACCGCCACCUCCAACAAUUACACCUUUGGGUUAGUCCAGGCCAAGUCAAUGGACCGCCAGCUCGCCGGCGGCUUCAGCAUUCCACCGGCAAGCCUCUUCAUCUUCUCCUCCGCCGCCAUGCUCCUCACCCUCUCCGUCUAUGAUCGCGUGAUCAUUCCCCUUGCCCGCCGCCUCACCGGGCGUCAAGAAGGCAUCUCCCGGCUCCGCCGAAUCGGCAUCGGCCUGGCCAUCUCUGUCUUCUCCAAUGUCGCAGCCGCCCUCGUGGAGAACCGCCGGCGCCGCGCCGCCGGCCACAUCAGCGCGUUCUGGCUGGUGCCGCAGUUCGUGGUGCACGGCGUGGGCGACGGCUUCGCUUCGGUGGGGCUGAUUGAGUUCUUAUACGAGCAGUCGCCGGAGAGCAUGAGGAGUAUAGCGGCGGCGCUCUUCUGGCUCUCGAUAUCACUGGGGCACUAUGGAGGAACAUUUCUGGUGACGAUGGUGAGCGACUUGACGAAGAGGUCGAAACAGGGGAGCUGGCUGCAGAACGAUAUCAACAAUGGGAGAUUGGAUUACUACUACUGGUUGGUGGUUGGGAUGCAAGUAUUCAACUUGGUGUACUUCAUUGUUUGUGCGAACUGUUAUGUCUCAAAGAGAAUUGAAGUGGAGGAGGAGGAUGUGGAGGAGAAGGGUGCUGCGCAGCCCGAGCUUGAAGAUGAAGAUGAAGAAGAAGAUAAACAUAAACCUCAUCUGCACCCCUCUGUUGUAUAGAGGAAAUUGU